AUGUCGACCAAGGAAAAGAUGGCCGACGGGGCUCGCAAAAUUUACAAUCCCCUUGGUUUCAAGAAAUUCUACAACUUUGUUCUAUUCUUCAUAUUCGGUGGCGCUCUCCUGGGAUUCACUCUUGCUCGCUUCCAGUACCUCUCUUUUGACCAUGGGUUGUGUCCUGAAGGGGGCGGGACUCUUGACUGCUAUUACUACACACCCGGAUCUCUCGACAAAAUCGGCAUCCAAAUCCAUCUCAGCGCCAUCCUCCCAGCCUCAUUCCUAGCCGUCUUCCAGUUCGUCCCCAUAAUCCGCUACAAGCUACUCCUCUUCCAUCGAGUGAGCGGCUACCUCAUCGUCCUCCUCUCGGCCAUCUCUACAGCAGGCGCCCUCAUGCUUGUCCGCAACGCCCAAGGCGGCCCGAUGGAAAUUCAGCUCGCCAUUGGCGUUAUAUCGUUCAUGUUCAUUGUCAGCAUCGGUCUGGCUAUAUACAACAUCAAGCGGCUCCAGAUUGAGCAGCACCGCGCUUGGAUGCUGCGGGCUUGGUCCUAUGCUGGUUCCGUCGUUACCAUGAGACUGGUCAUGAUGGCGAUUGCGCAUGUGUUGAGCACCUAUGAGCAUCUAGGUAAGGGUUAUAGCCAUGCCAUACCCUGCGUCAAGGUCACGUACUUGAUGUUUGGGCAGGUAGAACGGAUACUGGAGAAGUACCCUGCUUGCGCGCAGUUCUUUGAUGGGUCGGUGCCGGGACAGGCUGUUGCUGUGACGGCUGACGCGAAUGGUGACUUGGCAGAGUUGACUGCGUUGUAUAACAUGAUUUUUGGGGCGGCCUUCUGGCUGGCGUUUGUUUUGCAUGCAGCUGGGGUGGAGAUUUAUGUGAGUUCUUUUGUUGUUCAACAGCUACACCUCACACCGGCUGAGGCAGAUAGAUUACGAAAUGUCUCUUAUCAGAAACAGCUUGAGGCUGGGAUGAAGAAACCAGGGAGGGCUGGGCUGACAGCUGACAAACUGGGUGACGCACCCAGGUGGAUUCCAAAGAGCACAGUCUCUGUCUCUGCUCCGGGAAGUGGUGAUGCUGCAUCGGAUGAGAAUUUGACCAAGUAG